AUGGCAAGGGGCAAGAGCUUCAUUCUAAAGUGGAAGAAGAAGAAGAAGAAGAAGAAGACGGGGACCUACCGGCCGUCGGGGUCCGGCUACCAUCUAUCCGGCAACGACGAGGCGGUCUGCUGCGUUUUGGGCGAUUUUUGCAAUGACAUGGGUUCGGCAGUAGGUAAGAAUGGUAAUACAACUUUGAGGAAGGAUGUCAAUAUCACAAAUGCAGAGAAAAAUACUCCACUGCACUGGGCCUGUCUCAAUGGACAUUCUGAGGUUGUCAGAAAUUUGAUUUUGGCUGGAGCGGAUGUGGCUGCCCUGAAUAGUCAUGAACGCACUCCACUGGACGAAGCUGUGAACAUGGGGAAGAUGGACAUUGUUGAUGUAAUCAGUUCUGCAUCUGCACUGGCGGAACUGGUGGGAGUUAAUAUUUCCUAGAGAGAUUAAUAUAUCUUGACUCUAAUGUUCCUUUGACAUCAUGGCACAGGCAUGUUAGCACAGUCGCAUUGGAGUCUCUCUUUUUCCCUUUCAUAGCUGUGGAUUACAUUCCCAUUAUCAUUAUGGUGCCUCUAGAAUAAUGCAACUCUUUUAAACUUAAAUCUCUUCGGCCA